UGUAAAAGGAACCAAUGUGCAGCAUCUGUCAGCAUCGUGCUAACUUGAUACGGUCUAGAAUUUCGUUUUCGCUAGUUGACAGUGUCAGAAAAAAACAACAUCAGGAAAACACCAUGAUUAGUUUUGAUUGCAAUUUUUAAGCAACGAAAUUUGCCAUGUUUCACGAGCAUGACAGACACUAGCCAGUGAGCCUUUUAAAAAUUGUUGUGACAACAUCUCUUUCCCUUUAGGCCUAAAUGUGUAAUUCCUCCAGUAAGGGCCUUGGAUCUUGUUGGAGGUUGGAGAACAAGACUUAUGAGCAGAUUUUGGCAGUGACAUCCAUGCAUCUGGGUGUCACAAGAAAAUGUCAAGUGGAAUAACUGCAACUAAUCAAACGGCUGAAACAGCUGUCACUUUUUCAAGAUCUCAAGUACCUGAAGACAGUGAAGAAGAUGACAUCCAAAUUACCUUGGCACCUUACAUUCAAUCCUACCUGGCUCAUAGUGGAAGCCGUGUUGGUUGUUGUGGCUUAUGUUUUCCGGUACCCUUUGAACGUGCUGCUCAUCGGUCUUGGUGGGAUCCACGAUUUGAUUCUGAUAUUCUUGAAGGACAGUACAAGCGCAGCUCAUUCCCCCAGAUUCGUUUACGAUUCCGAUACGCACUUCUCUACAUUCUUCUGGUUUCUCUCUCAUGGCUUUUGUAUUUCCUUGUGACUGGGCUUCAAAAAAUUACCUCAUCAGAAUGGCCGAUUAUAUGUGGAACAUUUGCAGCCCUUGCUGCCAUAACAGCAGUCAUUCUCUGUUUGACUUACACAGAGUAUUACAAAAAAAUUCAUCUUUCAGUUUCAGUUUUUAUAUCUCUUAUUAUUUGUUCCUUCUCAUUAUUUUUUGUGUGGAGUACCACUGCCUUGGAUAUGACUCCAGUCGGACAAUUUGCUCUGUGUAUUGAAGUUUUAUUGCUGAUUUACACUGUGAUUCCUCUCCCACUCUAUGUGUGUGUUGCAAUAGGAGGAACAUAUUCAAUAAUUUUUGAAUGUCUGACGGCCUAUGUAGAUAUGGGACCAUGCUCGGAAUUUGCUUUGCCUGAGGCCGCAGCAGCAGAGUUAUCUCGGUAUGAUAGAUUUGGUCUUCCAAUCCGGAUUGUUCUCCAACUAUGUGUUCAUGCUAUUGGUCUGCAUAUCCUUAUAAUGACCCAUGUUCGAAUGCGUGGCACUUUUAUGAAAGUUGGGCAAUCACUCUUGGUUCGGAAACAGCUUGAAAUGGAAAAGCAGUUGAAAGAAAAGAUGAUUCAGUCUGUAAUGCCACCUAAAGUAGCUGCUUGGCUAUUGCAAGAAAGUUGUCUUGGAGACGAUGAAGCAGCAAGUGGUGAUGGACAUAGACGUGGCUCAAGUGGAGAUAUUCGAUCACUUUUUCGACCAUUCAAUAUGGAUGCCAUAAAUAAUGUUUCCAUACUCUUUGCUGACAUUGUCGGUUUCACACGGAUGAGCUCAAAUAAAAGUGCUGAGGAGCUUGUUCAAAUAUUAAAUGAUCUAUUUGAAAGAUUUGAUGAGCUAUGUGAAAUUCAUGGAUGUGAAAAAAUUUCUACAUUAGGAGACUGCUAUUAUUGUGUGUCAGGGUGCCCAGAGCCCAGACCUGAUCAUGCCAAAUGUUGUGUUGAAAUGGGAUUAGGCAUGAUAGAGGCUAUUCGACAGUUUGAUGCAGAGACACAUGAGGGUGUUAAUAUGAGGGUUGGAAUACACACUGGUACAGUUCUCUGUGGCAUUGUGGGAACCAAGCGCUUUAAGUUUGAUGUCUGGUCAAAUGAUGUCACACUUGCAAAUAGAAUGGAAUCCACGGGUAAACCAGGAAGAGUGCAUAUUUCUGAAAAAACUCGUAAUUUUCUUGGUGACAUGUACAUUUUAGAAGAAGGAGAAGAUGCACACGACAUGAAGACAUUCUUUAUUUUGGGUCGUCAAGGAGACAGACUCAUACAAAAUUCAAAGGAGAAUGCAAAGUCAAGGCCAUCUUCUAAUCAUACAACUCCAACAAAAAUGGUUUCCCUGCCAUCUCCUCCCAUGCAACCCUCUCAGCCACUGUCUCCUGUCCAGUCACCACCACCAACACAAUCUCCUCCAAAACAACUGGCAUCCCCUCCAUUGCAUACAGUGGAGUCUGUUCACCAUUACUAUCAGAGAAGAGACCGUGUGUAUUCUUGCCAUGUGACUAGACCUACUAGACCAUCUCACUAUCUUGCCCUCGCUCCAUUGGAAACAAAAGCUAGUUCCUUACCAAGCAUCCUUGAUUCUGAUGUUGAGGGCGAUGCAGAGUGUCUGGAUCCAAAAAAGUUGUCAUCACAGAGAACAAAGAAAUUUAUUAAGAAGUCUCCUCUUCGCACACCACCAAAACUUAAUCUGGAUCAUCAUAUUUCGAAGAAGGAUGUGACUCAUGAGAAAGGUGGCGAAGCAUCAUCUCUUAUUGAUGGAGUUCGAUUAGAUGUCCCAAAUGAAGAUCAAUUGACCAGAUGCUACUCUGUCAACUCUCGAAAAGAUUCUGGAAUUAGGAGUAAUAGUCGCCGCAGUAGCAUCCAGCAACAGUUAUUUGUCAUGAAUGGUAUUACGCAAGGAGAUCUUCUCACCCACAGAGUAAGUGGUUACUAUACUUCAAGUCAGUCCUCCCUUGACCAUGAUUCAUCAAAUGGCAAUGUUCCAAAUUUGCCUUCUGGAGAUCAUAUGGGUGAUUGCUUUCAUCAGCUUCGCAAGCAAUCAGAUCUCCAACUUAUUCGCUGUGUCCAAGAUAAUGUGAAAUCCAACCGUAGCUAUUUUGUAAAGCCCCCUCUUUUAAGUAUUACACUCUUUUUCCGUCAAAGGGAAAUGGAACGUGAAUAUCGAGACACUGCUCAUCGAAUAUCUGAAAGGCAUGGUGACUCUCCACCAACCCUCGCAACAUCAAGAUUUAACACCUACUUUGAUAUAUUCAUCUCAGCACUGGUGUAUUCAGCAAUUGCUAUGUCCCUAUUUUUUCUCUACGCUGCCUCCCCCAUGUGGAUUGCUGUUUUUGUCACAGCAACUCUAAUUCAGAUAUUUGCUGUCUUCUUGUGUGGACUUUUGUUGUGGACGCCUCUUGGUUCAGACGAUGGGCCUAAAACCCUCUAUGCUGAAAAUAAUUCAACUGGUGCACAUCUGCUUAGCCUUUGUAAGACACUAGUUGAGAAAUUCUCUGGAUGGUACCCGUGGCAUGUGUGUGGCGCAAUCCUGGUAAGCUUGCCAGCAACAUCAGUGCUUGCCAAUUUUUCAUGUCCUUCACUUGCCCUGGCAAAUGGGACUCUUGGAAGUACAGACACUAUACGAGCCUCAGCCAUUCUGGAACUUAGUCACGAUUAUUACUUUAGUUAUGUGCUAUUUUUGAGUAUAGUUCAUUUUUGCAAUUUCACUCAACUAAAUUGCUGGAUGAAGAGUUUUUUGGCUACCCUCACUGGUGUGAUUUUCAUCUCGCUUCUUGCUAGUCAGGUUUGCAGCAGUGUGGCUGUCAAUGACCCUUUAGAGCCUCAACAUUUACGUGCCAUUUCAUUCUCUGCGGGUGCUAAUCUGGAUACUAAUGAACUAUUUGGCAGUGUUCAUAUCCCCUUCAUUACUGCCAAAGCAAAGCUCUCACUUAAUGAAAGAUCAACUCGUGAUGUUGAUAUUGGAGAUCAGAGAACUGGAAAGGCCUUUGAAAAUAAUCAAGAUAGUUUUAAACGGGAAACAAGAGCCAUUGUCAUUGAAUGCUCUCCAAAUAAACUUCCGAAAGCAAAUUUUCAUCAAGCUGAAAUAUACCUCGAUGUUAUUCUACUACUUUUGCUUGUGUGGUUCCUCAACAGGGAGUUUGAGAUCUCAUACCGUCUUAGUUUUCAUGGUAAUGCCGUAGCUGUAAGAGAUAAAGCUAAAGUACAAAGUAUGAAAGAUCAAGCUGAUUGGUUACUUCACAACAUCAUACCUCGUCAUGUUGCUGAUCAACUGAAGAACACAGCAAAAUAUUCUGAAAACCAUCAUCUUGUAGGCAUCAUUUUUGCCUCGAUUGUUAACUUCAAUGAAAUGUAUGACGAGACCUACUUAGGCGGAAGGGAAUACUUGCGUGUUUUGAAUGAACUAAUUGCCGAUUUUGACGAAUUGUUAAGCAGGCCCGAAUUUUGCAAUGUGACCAAAAUUAAGACCAUUGGAAGCACAUACAUGGCAGCAUCAGGACUAAAUCCUCAUUUCCGCAGUCAGAACAAAUUUGAGCAUGAACAUCUUUUUCAGCUUAUUGAUUUUGCAGUUGCUCUUCAAGGUGUCAUUGAUGCUUUUAAUCGAGAUCUCCUUGAAUUUAACCUUAUUCUGCGGGUUGGAUACAACCAUGGUGAUAUAACAGCUGGGGUGAUCGGAACAAGGAAACUGUAUUAUGAUAUUUGGGGCGAUGCAGUAAACAUUGCAAGUAGAAUGGAUUCUACUGGGGUACCUGGACGCAUUCAAGUCGGAGAAGACUGCUUGCAGAUCUUAAAUAAGCAGUAUGAAUUUGAGCCAAGGGGAGUUGUUUACGUGAAGGGGAAAGAUAACAUGAAUGUAUAUCUUCUUAAGGGUAAAAGAGACAAAACUGAUGACAGCUCUGAAAGUUGACAAUAGGCACUCUGCUUAACUGUUUGAUGAGGCACAUUGCCUCACUACAUAUUAUCAUGUAUGUGUAUUCUAUUUUUUUUUCUUUUUCUUUUUUUGGAAAGACAAUGUGAAUGUUUGAUCAGAAACAGCUAAUUGCCAACUGUGAUUGUUCUACUGUAGUGUUUUUAAAAUGCUUGUUUCUUUAGAAAUGUUUGCAUUUAUUUAAAACAAAACCUGUUUCUUUUUGAAGUAGCCAAAUGUAAUAUUAAUAAUCAAAUUUUACUUGACUUUUGUAAAGUUUUUUAAAAGCAAAGAAAGUAUGUAUUUUCUGAUCCUUGUCCUGAAGCAUGCUGCUAUAGAGCUUGUCAAUUGAUACUUUUGAUACUUGUAUUUUUCCAUAUUAAUACCGUACAUCCGUGUUAAAACUUUGAUACACAUUAUAUAUUUUUACUAUUUUUACUGUGAAGAAAAAGAGAUAUUUUUACUAUAAGUUUUUAAAUGCUGACUGUAUGACCAAUUUUUAAAAGCAGUUUUCAAUGUUUUUGUUAAAAUGAUGACCAAGUAUUUGCACAUGCUUUUGCAGACCAAUUGAUAAUCAACGGUUUGGUUGUACAGUCCCUUUAUGCUGAUCAUUUUGACCUAUUGCAUUUGUAAGGUGCAGACUCAAAAAAAAGGUGAAUUUUUUUGUUUCUGCUGGAAAGAUUCUAGUAUGAGGAUCACAGUCAACAGUUGGAGUUCUGUUACCCUUGCUAUUAAGGCUUUGUAGAUUUUAUUUAUUAUUGUUAUUGUUAAAUUCUGAAGAAAAUUAAUUGAUGCUUGCUUUGGCUUUGUAAUUUUCUGUGCACUUACUGAAUUUUACAGUCAACUUGUCACCUUCUGUUUGUUGGGGACAAAUUUGAAUUGUGAAAUGCGUUAGUGUCACUUGCCAUUCUGGAUACAGUGUAAGGCGGAAAUAUAAGACCUCAUCAUUAACUAACUUUUAUAGAAGUGUGAAUCCUCAACUUGUUUGCCAUGCGUUCAUUCAAAGUUUUGGAUGACUAGCUUUGUCUUCAAUUGGGCCUCUAUAAAAAUCUAAUUUUAUUGAGUCAACUAUUUUUUAACAAAAGUUGUUUAUGAAGUAGAAUAUUUGUUUUAAUAUGAAAGUGCAAGGUACCUGGAUGCUAUUUAUUGAUAUUUGCUUUGUAUCUUGUUAAGAUUAUUAUAUUGGCUUGACUGAGUGAAGAAUAUUAUUUAUUUCACUUAAUAGUGAACAAAAUCUUGUGUUCAUCUCGUUCAACAUCCUGUGUAUGUUACCAUUUUUGUGGGUUGUGGCUGGGCAAGGGAGUAGCUUAGAUAAAAGUGUGUAGCUUUCAGUGGAAUUUGUGUGGGUUCAAUCUAAAUGAAGUUGACUUUAGAAAAAAAUAUAUCUGUUCUUAUCAGUCACAUAGUUUUCAGUGGGCCAAUUGUUAUUAAAUUUGUAAUUUGGUUAAGUGUUUGUGUCUGCUGUUUGGUAAUAGGGAAAGGGCAUAAUUAAGAGCAUUGAACAAUGCAAAUUUAAGUAAAGGAAUCUGUUUCUUUUGUUGUUGUUGUGAUUUUGUUUUUAUUAUUAUUUUUGUGUCUAUGAAAUGUCUUUUCAUUUUUCAAAACAGUAUGUUACGUUCUAAGCUAUCUCCUGGUCUUAUUGAUUUUUUCAUGUUAUGGAUCUCGGCAUUUUCGUAUCUUCAUCUGACUGAGUAUUCAUUGUCUCACCUCGAAAGUUAAUUACGUCUAGGCCUUGCAAACAAAACUGAAUAUAUUGGAAAGCUUUCGUGAACUUUAGAAUAAGGGUCCUUUUAUGCCUGUUAUUAUUUUCUAUUGUUGCCUCUGGAUCAAAUUUAAACUUUGUGUCAGCUUAAUUCUUUUUCAUUUUAUACAUGUCCUUAAUCAUUACGUAUAACUGUUUCCUGUUCCACAUGUAUUCAUUCAGUCUACUAGAACACAAACAAAUUUACGAGUAGUUUGAAUGUGAGAAGAAUCAGUAUUUUGACAUGGAGGCUUUAUGAUAUGUGUGUAAUUGUAAUCUUCCUUCACUUUCUUCCAUAUUUUGGUGGCUACCAUUAUAGGUUUGCUAUUCAAAUGUUAUUUUGCCAAUGCUCUGAAAUGGUCAUAGAAUGAUUUAGAUUGUUGAAUCAAACAGUCUUUCUGUUCUAAAAAGACCUUUCUAUCUGUGUAUUAAUUCUUGAAUUUUUUAGAAUCUUGCGUAAAAUGUUUCGUUGUGACGUCUAACUCCAUAUACACGUAAAAUUCUGAUUGUACAAUUCUUUCCAAACCAGCAUAGUCUUAUGUUUGUAUUUAUCUAUCUAUUUAUGUUGCUUUUACUUUUUGUGAUUGGAUUGUAACAUUUAUGUUCCAUUUUAUACUUAUGGCCACGAAUCUAUUCCAUUGAAUAUAAUUCAGAAUGCUUGUCAUUAGUUACCUCCUUUUGUUGCUUCCAUGUUAGUCAUGUUCCUUAAUGUUAUGAGGCAUUCCAAAUACUUUAUUUAUUUUAAGUUAAUUGUAUCCUCAUUGUGAUAGUCACAAAUUCAUGUGCGACCUAUGUCUACUUCAAACGUUCGAAUUGAGAGAACUUGUCCGUAAUGCUUCUUAAAAUAUUGUUUUCCUUCAACGAGAAAUUAUUCCUGUGCUCAAAUAAUAGUGUUUUUUACAGGAGUAACUAUUAAGGUAUUUAGACUAUGCAUCAGCUUUAUGGCGACUAAACUGAUUCAUUAUACUAAGUACUCAGCUUUUUUAAAAAUCUACCAUGCCUCGUAUUUAAUAGUACUUCUGCUUUUAGACUUAAGAUGAGCAAUGUAAUGGGCUCAGAAAAUUAAUUGUCUUGCAAUCAGACUUUCCAUUUUACCAAGAAAACACAAGAACGCUCUGUAGGAAAAGUGAUAAGAGAAUUAAAAAUGACAGGGUAUGUCAGAUUCAUCAUAAAAGAAUACUGUUUUAAAAAGUGGCCCUCCAUUAGGAUUCACUGUCUAUUCAUCACAUGGCAAUUAUUUGUAAAAUCCCAGGUAUUCCUUGCAAAUUAUUAUGUAAAAUCUCAAUAUGCCAAACCUGGGAUGUGCCAAUAUAUAAAUUAAUAGGAGUAUGCUAUUAAUUAAAUCAACUACUAAUUAGGUUUUAGCAUGGUUUGAAUUAAAUAGGAAACAAAAUCAAACUUGUUCUACUAAAUUUUAAUAUAAAGAUAUUGCUUUUGCUUGGAAUGAACUUAGUGAAUAAUAUCUUAUGAGAAGAGAACCACGCAGGUGGUCCCUUCUCAUAAUGAUCAAUGUUGCUUCCUAUCUAAAAUCCCUCUAUAACUUUCUAGAGGCUAAUCCUUUGCUUCGUACUGAUAUAAUGCAAAUUUCUGCAUAAUUCCUGAGUAAAAAAUAAUUUUGAGGAAAAAUAUGUAACUAUCAUUCUUGUGGUAGUUUGAAUUAUGAAAGAUGACUGUUAUUAAAAUGUUACAAUAUCUGUGUAUGUGUAUACAAAUUUUAAAAAUGAACCUAAUAAAAGCUAUGGUCAAAGUAUUAAA